AACAACCUCAUUGUGAAACGAAAGGGAAGAGUUUUGAGAAGAGAUCUUAAAAUUAUUUAACAUGAAGCCGUUUCUGAUCACAUUGUUUUUAAAGAUUUUAUUAACAUCGCUUCUUAAAGGUAAGAUCUAUAUAUAUUUUUUCAUAUUAUGUUCUAUAUUGCUUGUUGCAAAAUGUCAUUAUAGCUCUUUGCGACCUUUUAAUGCAAAUAAUUUUCCAUAAAUUUCUUUUACCUCAUAACUAGAAUGUCUAGGUGGUUUACAUCCAGCACAUAUUUUUUGUCCAAUAAGCAAAGUGAAGGUAAAUGAAAACGUCAUGUUAAAGUGCAAAGCUGACCUACCAGAAAAGAGAAACGUAACACAAAUCCAUAUGUAUCUCUUCAAAAAUGGUGAAAUAGUCAAGAUGGAGCCUUUUAAUGCUCAGACAAGGGAUGAUAUGAUAGUUAACUUAACCAAAGUCACUGUAGAACAUUCUGGAUUGUACACAUGCCUUUUCUCUGAGGAGAAACUCAUUAUCAGUAAGACAACUGUCACAGGACACAACUCUGUCUCAAUCAAGGUUUUAGGUGAUUUAUUACCUGCAACAAUUGAAGCACCAAAAACUUCAGUAAAAAAGGAAGAGACUUUGACACUCAGCUGCACCUUUAAAAAAUAUAAAAACUGUACUCAAGUCUAUGUUUAUCUCUGUUUUAAUGGGAUUGGAAACAGCAAGAAGCAGGUGAUUUGUAGCGAUGUGAUUAUUUCCACAACAUUUGACCUUUCCGAAAAAAAAUCUGGAAAUUACAGCUGUGUGUAUUCAGCUUUUAACUUCAGUCUCAGUGAGGUGAACACCACAGGAGAAAACACAAUCUUCGUUCAAAUAAGAAACGACAGUUUUGAUGUUCUGAGGUUAAUAACUGGUGUUUUGGUUGCUGCACUUGUGCUUCUGUUGGUCCUGUUGGGAAUCUGCUUCUACCGAGGCAUCUUUCAUUUCAGAUGCAGAGGAGAACUUCAUCGCAGUGUGAUGGGGUUGUGCCAAGAUCCUGCUGAAAGCACUUUGAACAAUGAGCCUUUCUACCAGGAGAUCACAACAGGUACACUCUAUGUGGAUGAAAAUGGAGAGCUGAGAAGUUCUGGUGCAAAGUCUUGUAGAAGAGCAGUGGAAAAUGUAAAUGUUUUAUACUCCUCCAUACAAAAACAUAAAGGUGAACAAACUGCGGAACAAAAUGCGAAUCUAAAUAUAGAGGGAGCCGGUUAUGACAGGCCUGAAGCUCAAUAUGCAGUAAUUAACAAACGCAAAGGCAAAACAGGGGACGAGCAAGUAAUGCAAAGCUUCAGCUGUAACCCCAGUGUCACAUACAGCCUGGUAAAUUACUGAGGUGCGUGGUCCAACAGCAAACACCACACAAACAUCAAACCCUUGAUCUAGUAAACUAUCACACAAUCUUUAUAUAGAGAAAGUCUUUGUAUGAAGAGUGAAAUGAAACAUGAAAAAAACAUGCCCAGUUUCUUAUGAAUAGGUUGCACUGUUACAAACCAAAGAGUUUCUGAUUUCUGCUGUUUUUGUUAACCAUUUUUCUUUUACUAUAUUUUCACCAGAAACUGAAGCAGAUUAUAAUCAGACUGAAGUACACACUAGAAGGGAAAUAACAAUAUAAGCAA